CGCACAGCCAGUUGGCGCGGUGCUGCUGGGGCAGCGGCAGGUUCUAGUGUGGGCGCCGCCGGAGCGUAGCGCUGAGUGUCAGCGAUGCUGGAGAAUGGCUCUCUGAGGAACUGCUGCGAUCCGGGCGGGCGAGGCCGCUUCGGCUUGGCGGAGAGGGAGACGGCGGGCGCCUCGCGGCCCGCCUGGGUAGUGCCGGUGCUCUCCAGCGUGCUGAUCUUCACCACCGUGGUGGACAUCUUGGGCAACCUGCUGGUCAUCAUCUCUGUCUUCAAGAACCGCAAGCUCAGGAACGCAGGUAAUGCAUUUGUGGUGAGCCUCGCUUUUGCUGAUCUGGUGGUGGCCUUGUAUCCAUAUCCCCUGGUGCUCUUAGCUAUUUUCCACAAUGGAUGGACACUGGGUGAAAUACACUGUAAAGUGAGUGGCUUUGUGAUGGGACUAAGCGUAAUCGGCUCUAUUUUCAACAUCACUGCCAUUGCGAUAAAUCGAUAUUGCUACAUAUGUCACAGUUUUGCCUAUGACAAAGUGUACAGCAGCUGGAACACAAUGCUGUAUGUCUCCUUAGUCUGGGUAUUAACAGUAGUGGCAACUGUGCCAAAUUUUUUCGUUGGCUCUUUAAAGUACGAUCCACGCAUCUAUUCGUGCACAUUUGUUCAGACUGCAAGCUCCUACUAUACCAUAGCUGUCGUGGUAAUUCACUUCAUCGUUCCCAUUACCAUUGUGAGCUUCUGCUACCUUAGGAUUUGGGGGUUAGUGCUUCAAGUCAGAAGACGAGUCAAAUCGGAGACAAAGCCAAGACUGAAGCCAAGUGACUUCAGAAACUUCCUCACCAUGUUUGUGGUAUUUGUGAUUUUUGCCUUUUGCUGGGCACCUCUCAACUUCAUUGGACUGGCUGUAGCCAUAGAUCCCAUGGAAAUGGCACCAAAAGUUCCCGAAUGGUUGUUCAUUGUAAGCUACUUCAUGGCCUACUUCAACAGCUGCCUUAAUGCAGUAAUAUAUGGACUUCUUAACCAGAACUUUCGGAAUGAAUACAAACGAAUUUUAAUGUCACUCUGGAUGCCAAGACUUUUCUUCCAGGACACAUCCAAAGGAGGAACUGAUGGUCAGAAGAGCAAGCCUUCUCCUGCUUUAAACAACAACGACCAAAUGAAAACUGAUACCGUGUAAAUAGUCAAUGCAAGUGUUUGUCACGGAGAAACCCAAGAAUAUAGAUCUAAUGCUCCUUCCCUUUGUUUUUGUUUUCAUUUUAUAUAUAUACACAGAUAGCACUUUGCAACUGGAAUACUGUCUUGUUGAUAAAGCACAUUGCUCUCAAUUUAAUGAUUUAUACAAGACAUCAACUGAAAAUGCAUUUCAGAGUUAAAGCGGCAGGUGAAUGAAAGCUGGUUUAGCUUUGAGAGCUGAAUUCUGCUUCCAGGUAUAUGAGUGAGGCAUUUGUUCACUUCAGUGGGAGUUUUGCACUCUUUAGACAAGAUCAGGAUUCGUUUCUCAGAAGAUGUAGUGAAGGCACUUGUCUAUGUGCACCACAGCUCAUCAAGGCUGCAGGGUGGCAUUUCCCUGCCUCCCGUGUCUGGUUUUCACAAAUAAGCCAAAAAUCACAUUUCUGUGCAUGUAUUGGUGACAGUGGUAGUAUCUUUGUAUCAAACAUGUAAAUUAGAGAGAAGAACAUUUGUGUAAAAACAAUUAUUAGCAUUAGAACCUUUCCACACAGGUUUUUCAUGAUUGGGAAUACAGUGUAUUUACUAUGGUCAUCUUCUGUGGGUAAUUUUAUGGUAAACAAUCCAACACAAAUGGAUUUCUUAUUACUCAUUCACUUUAUGUAAUACUCUUCCUUUAGAGAGGAUUGAAUUUUCAUUAUGCUCAACUUAUAUACUUAAAUAUGUACAUCCAAUAUCACCUGACCCACUUUAGCACAACUUGGAAAGUUGCAACAGGCUGGAAAUUGCAGCAUACAACCUGCAGUGGCGACUGGACGCUAGGCACAAUAUCCUACAUCAUCUCAAACAGUGGCAGACCAAAAGAAGCCUUUUUGACUAUAACAGUAGCUGAACCAUUUGCCUCACAUAUCUUCAUCUAAUCUUGAACAAAACCCACUGUUGGUGUUAAGCUAAAUGUCAGUGUUUUUCCUAUGUUUCCUUCCAUCUGGGGUGAUAAACAGACACGCAGGGAUGAGAUGUGUUGCUUUGUGGAGGUGCUGUUUUCCUUUCACCGACUUUAGAAGGAGAUUUAGUUACUAUUUCAGACAUCUCACUUUGGGUAGCUAGAGGAGGAUUUGUGUUGCCUAAAGAUGUGAUAUCUGUUUUCUACAUUCUGACUGUCAUUCAUGGAGCUCCAGGAAAUUCAUAAUUUUAUCUUGAAACAGGCAUCCUUACUGAUCAGGAAAACUGAUCAGCAGUGCUCACUGACUGCAUCUUUGUUGAUUGUAACAGAAAUCAAGCACCUUAUGUAGAAACAUUUCAGGCAAGGACAGGUGGCCUCAGUCCCUGUGAAGUGUACCUACAGUUCACAUUUGCACAGCUCAUAAAAUAAAAAUCAAUGGUUUCAACUUUCUUUUCAAACUGAAUUUCUUCUUUUUCAGGUAAUACUUCAUUACAGUGACUGUAGUGGGUUGGGAACUUCUCCCAAAGGGUUGAAAUUCACCAGGCCAGCUUAGAUGGAUUUAAAAUAAGAUGAAGCUAUAUUUACAGUAAAACUAAAUUUACAAAUAUAUAUAUGUAAUAUAUUUGCAAGU